GUAUUUUGUGCACAACUUUAAUUUCGAAAAGUGUGGAAAGAUGGUAAUCAAUUUCCGAGCCUUCGCGGUGCCCAAUUGGAUGGAUAAACUGAAAAAUGGCAAUCAUGUAUCUAGAAAAAUAUUGGAAUCAGUUUUGCACCCGCUCAUGUCGGCCGAUGAGGCCAGUCAGGCCGUGGACUAUGGCAUACAGGUGGGUAUUCUGGUGCCGUGGAACAAGAAAGGUGUCACUCCCAAGGGCAAACAAAUAUCGCUCUCUUUCUCGCAAAACGUCAAGAAACUCUGCAAAUCACUGAAAUUAGUUUCCUAUUGCUACGAGUGCCAUUCGUCCGGAUCGCCAGAGCAGCUACAGAUAUGUCGCACAUGUGAGCGUCAUUUUCACAAGACUUGCCAGCGAAAGAAUCCCAAUAAACCCAAUUAUUCGAUGCCCGUGGACCAAACCCAACUCCACCAAUUUCUCAGCGAUGAUUCCGAUUCGGAGGAGUUGUGUGAUGAAAAGAGAGACGAGGAGGGGGAGCAGGUGGAGAGAAGAGUCACUACCACAACGCCGGCACCAAAUAUAAACGAGCAAUGGGACGGGCGUAAGCAUCACCUGGACUUCAACAGCAAUAUCAACGAAUGGAAACGCGAAGCCGAAAGCUCCGAUGACGACGUACUCUUUGUGGGUGAGAAGAAAGCAUGUCAGCGCAAACGGAGCAAAACAUUGUUGGUGAAGAACGAGCAUGAUCAGCGGAGCGCCGAAUCCACCAACGCCAGCAAGCACAAUGAGCUGGAACAGGAGCUGGAGCUAUGCACAGCGUGUCGGCUGCAGAAGCUGGCUGAUCUUCUGAUUCCGCCACGCGUCAGCGUUGCAGAGCUGAACUGUCUACUCGACUUUUCGUGGCGCCAGCACAGCAGUUGGUUGCAAACCGAUAUUCGCAAGUACAUCGACCAAAACUGGACCAAACAUGAUGCCAAACUCGUCAAGAGUGUGCUAUUUAAGAACGAUGUACUUGGCGUCUAUAAUAUAACUGAAAACAUCGAUAUGAAACGUUAUACAAAGUUGGCUGAUUUUGUGAUUGAUCUGCUGGAUUUGCAGCAUAAUUUUGGGGUAUUCUAUGGCCCCAGCGGCGACGAUUUCGAGGCCACCAAGUAUCUGCUGCGUGAUGUGACACACGAUGUCCGCGAGAUUAGCCGAUGUGCGGACUGCUUUCGUCACUCGAACGAAGCGAAUCACAAGUUUUGGUUCGCCAAGCCCUGUUUUCAGCGGCAUGAGCUAGUCUACGCCAAGGCGCAAGGAUCACCUCACUGGCCGGCGAAGAUCAUACGCGUGAUAAGAAAAAAGAUUACCAUCUAUGAUGUACGCUUCUUUGGUGGCUCCCAUUCGCGUGCCUUUGUCCCGGAGCAUAAUAUCCUGCAAAUCGAUUCGAGAAUGCCACAACUCGACAGAUUGGCAAGAUCAUCGCGUAAUUUUAAAGCGGCCAUGCUGGAGCUGCGAUGUCACGAGAUGUUGCUGAAUAAACCGAUUGAACUAUUUGACUUCCAUGCCAAUCCCAGCGAGGCCGAGCAUCUCAUUAAUCAUUCGCUAUCGCUUUGCAUGGAGGCAUCGGAGCUCAGCAGUCCAAUUAAACACAGCUCAGGUGCAGCGGCGCCAGCGAGCAAGAAGCGCAAAAUUAUUACAACAGCAACAACACCAAAUGUAUUCAAGCGUGUGCAGCCAAUGCGAAGAUGUUCCAUGGCCAGACAAGGUUUACUGCCCAUCGAUCCCCCAGCGACGACAGUUGACAGUGAACUGUUGCGUGAAGUCUCGAACCUAAAAGAGCAACUGAUACAGAAGCAGCAGGAGCUGGAGCAAUUGAUACAGAAGCAGCAGGAGCUGGAGCAGGUGAAGCGCAAGCGUUGGUGUCAAAAUUGCCUGCAGCUGGCGAAAUUUGAUUGUUGCUUCACUGCGUCCUAUUGCAGCGCAGACUGCAAACGUCGCGACAAACGAAAACAUCAGCGCACCUGUGCCAGCCACUCCAAAAACUAAACAUAAAACAAAGGAGAUGCAUAUCCAUUGAAGCCAUUUGUACAUGUACGAAAAUACAAAAGGAUAUCAAUCAAAUUUCUUGACA